AGACAGCAGUACAGUAUCGCUGUGACUAUUGAGAAAGACGUUUGUCCUCGUCGACCGCGUGUGUUGUGGUGYGCGCGCGUUAUUUUGACGAAACCGUUUUUUUUCUGACCUUUUUGAUUUUUGUCCCUUAAUUUAUUACAAUCGUUCUUUAUAUAUUUUAAUCCCAUUAAUAUUUAAACUAACUCGAGACGCGUGCGUUUUACCGAUCUCUCCGAUGAUGAAAGGCUGAAAAGCGUUGUGUUCGCUUAUACAUAUACCUCUAUAUAGCGAAAUCUACAACGACCCUUCGCCAUGGCCUACAACCUUGGAAGAAAUGAAAUACUAACAGAUGUGGCUCUAUAUUUGCAAACGGUGUUGGUUGCCGAAUCCCUUUCAGAACGAGCCGAAAUACAACGCCAACAACUCUUAGAAAAACUCACCAACAGGGAAAUGUCACCGGCCAGGACUCCAUACAUGGACAUGAACGGACGUUCAAAGGGCCUGAUAAUGAAGUCGAACAGCUUCGCGUGCUUACACCAGCAAGCGGCGUACGAAGAACUGAGCUCGAACCAGCCGAUCUACAACAACGUGCCGUACGAAGACGACAUACUCAAUUACGAAACUUUCGUGACCGACUGCAACGGGUACGGUCCGCCGUCCAAAUACCAUCUGAACGCGAAACGGCACAGCGCGCCAAACGGCGGUGGCAUCGCCGACAACAGCAACCUGUCGACGGGCUUGUUGAACAAGUCGGCGCUGAACGGCAGCAGCAGCCUUAGCAGCCGGUCGAACAGCGACUCGUCCGAGAGCUCAAAGAGCGAGGUGAUCUACGUGUCGGCGAACGCGGUCAAGUACUCGGCAAGCAAGUACGGGCCGCUGACGAAACGCGAGAAGAUACUGUUCGUCGACCACACGAAGAAGUACUGGGCCGCGGUGCUGUCGUCCACCAUGUACGUGUACAACGGCGAAAAAGAGCUGAAACCUUGCCUGGUCGUUCACCUCGAAGGGUACACGGCUAGGGACGCGGCGGGUGGCGGCAACCGGAACAAGGACUGGGUGUUCGAAGUCGUGUGCCCGGGCAAGAAGACUUACCAGUUCAUAGCUCAAAACCAAAAUGACCUGCAAUCUUGGAUCGAAGCCAUCAACAACUCUUGCAGCAAGCCGUCUACCCCAGAAAUGGAACAGCUCCCAUCGUCUCCCAUAUGUUUCAAACAGGAGCUGUUGCCUAACCGUGAAUUGCCCGUGCCCCCUGCUGCUAUCGUAGACCCUACCGCACAGGAUUAUUAUUAUGAUAAACCGAAUCCUAUCAUAAGACCUGUAAAUCUUUACGAGAACGGGACCGACGACGUGGACAUGAUUGAGUCGAUAUACCACUUUAUCGACGAGUCCAAACAAGAAAAUGACAUGUUGCCAAAGAUCGAUAAACAGUUUUGGGAUGGCGACACAUCGUAUUACAAUAUCCCAAGCAACAUACCGGUGCCCGUAUCAAUCAAGGAAGAUCAAAAUAACAACGAAUACAAUGAUUAUUUUGCCGAAAAGGAAACAAGCUACGAUAUAAUAACAAAUGACAAAUGCGAGUUGACUGCGGCGGCGGACCCGGUUUUGGGCGUACAACAGAUAAUACAAAAAAUCGAAGAAAUAAACAGCAAAAAGGCAUCACCUUUUUUAAGGCGUAAAUCGCAACCAAAGAACAAUAACUGCAACGGUCCAAUGAGAAACUCUACGCCGGUAUACACUACCGAUGAGUUUUAUGAACCCAUGAAAGUAAUGAAAAACAUGCAACCCAACAGCAACGUAGCAACGGUUGUCGGUUCACAAUCGUUUAGAAAAUCUCGUUGAACACGCUUAUUAUUGAGUUUUCGUUGAGAAAAUAUCCAAUUGUGUGGAACCUCGGUCAUGUUGUACUUGAAUUUUAUCAAUUUCCCUUUAAUUGUCUCAAAACUCUACGACGGUUGCAAAUUGUGUAAUAUUUAUAUAUGCAUAUUUAAGAACAUAAUAUAGGUACGACAUAUCGCGACGUCAAAGUCAUAACGAAAUAUGUUAUAUUAAAUUAUUUAUUUAUAUAGUAAGUCGCUCAAUAUUUUUUUUUUAAAUUGCAACAAUUUUGAUAUUAUAAUGAUAUCCUAUACACUAUAAUAUAGUUUUCUCCUAAUCUGACAAGUCUGCUUACCGGUAGAGAUCCUGUUUGAACACUGAAUAUUAUAACACAUUGUAUAAACAUUUUAACACCAAAAAAGGGAAAAGCUACUUUAAUGUUUCUAGUCUGUAGGUUGUAAACAAUUUUUACUUUGUUAAUUGAUUUUUUUUUUUAUUAUUAUAUAAUAGCAUUUAGGUAUAGAUUACAAUUAUCCGAUUAAUAACAUUGAUUUAUUAUUUAUGCUUUACUGUAAUUUUUUUUUUUUUUUGUAUACAAAUAAACAAAUACAUUCCGUGUUAUCAACUCCAAACAACAAAAUGUACAUAAUUAUACUGUUAAAGAUACUGUUGGAUCUCUAAUAUUAUACAUUAUUUUGUAUGAAUUAUACUUCUACCCUUUAAAAUGUCAAAUAACCUCAUACUUGUCUGUCUCUAUACAUAAUAAUGUUCUUCAAUUCAUUGUAAUAUCGCCAUUUUUACCGCUUAUAAUUUUAGUAUUAGUCAACUACUGUUAAUAUAUACAUUACUUAAGACUUAAGUGUUAGAUAAACCAUGGACUUUAUAUUUUGUAAUUUGUAGGUGCAUAGCAUAUUACUAUAUAAUAUUAGUGCAAAAAAUAACCGCAUUGAAUGUAAUUAUUUACUAAAACUGAAUAAAUUCAGCAACAUGUAAUAUAGAAAUAUUAUGAUAAAAAUAAAAAUUGUAUUUUCUAUA